UUGCUUCUGGGGUUUUGAAGGACGCUCUUUUUCUUUUCAGGUUCUUCUUGAAGUAUGUUGACAGAAAUGGAGACGAUGGUUUAUGGAGCUGAGAUUAAGCUAAGCGGAAGCCGCGGGGCCUGGAGCGGAGCAGCUCCCUCCUCAUGCCCUGAUGUGGACCUGGAAGUCAUAGAAGAGUAUCUCCAGGAGAAUUUGCUUGAGAUCCAGCCUGCUCACACAUCGACAUCAUCUAUAACUGCCGUGGGGCAGCAAGCGCACACACACCAGGACUCUAGGAUUAUAGAGAACAGCUGGUCAGGCCAGCAUGCGUAUGAGUGGCACUGCGGUUCUCACGCUCCCAUCGAGGAAUUCAAAAGACUCACACCACAUCCAGCCUGGUCUAGUCCUCAUAACAACCAGUGGGAACGUAUUGCAUACUCUUACGAGGCUCCUGCAUACAUUGACUCAGACUCACAAUCAAGUAGCUCCCAGUAUCAAGAUUACCAGGAUUCCCCUUCACCACCGUCUGACAGCAGGGACAGAAAAAGCAGAAAUUCCUUACCUCUGCCACUGUCAGGAAAGAGGAAGGAGCGCCUGUUCCAGUUCCUGUUUGAGAUGCUUCAGACGCCCUCCAUGAGGAGCUGCAUCUGGUGGGUCCAGUCCUCCUCUGGAACCUUUCAGUUUUCCUCCCAAAACAAGGAAAGCCUAGCACAGCUCUGGGGUCGAAGAAAAGGAAACCGCAAGACCAUGACCUACCAGAAGAUGGCACGAGCACUGAGGAACUACUCCCGCACAGGAGAAAUUCACAAAGUGAAAAGGAAGCUCACCUAUCGAUUCGAUGAGAAGACACUGAGAGGUCUACAAGGAAAUUCUAAUGCACUGUAGACAACAAGUAGGGAUGUCAGAAGUAGAAUGAGUUAGAAAUGUCUUUCUUUCUAUCACUGCCUAUUCCUUAUUUAAGGAAUAUUUGGAGGAAUGAAUACUGAGUAUUUAGAAAAAUAUGAAGUAAAGAAAAAAAAAACAUCCGUCAGAGCUUUUUGCUGAUGCAGAACUCUACUGGACCAGAAGACUCAUAUGAUGGAAAUAGUAUAAAGAGAAAUCAAUGAAUCUAAAAGAUUAUAUCGUGAAAUCUACUUCAUAAGUAGAACUUGAACCUUUGACAAAAAAAUAAAAGCUGUUUUCUAUUUUUUGUAAAUAGAUUAUUUGUGUUAGACUUCUAGAAAACCCUAACCUGUAAAAAUGUAUUUUUUCCCUAAGUUUUCUUUUUAAGAUAAAACAAAUUUUAAAUUAUUUUCAGAAAACCUUGUCUGUAGCUAGCCUUUCUUUCUGCCUGUCUGCAAGAACGAGGAACCAUUAUGAUCUUGGUUUGGUUCAUGCACAAAACAUAGGUGUACACAGAUGUGCUGCCUUCAAAUUGCAUGUAAAAAAAAUAAAAAUAAAAAAGACACCACAAAUAGACAUGGUAAUGAAGUAUUCAAAAUAAGCUCUUCACAACAAGAGCCCUCAUUCAUAAAACAUGUUCAGAUGCUGAGUAUAAGCCUAUUUUUAUGACUUAAAUGGUCAAACUUCAGUUACAGUAGUCAUUCCCUUAGUUACAUAACAGGCAGCUAAAGGCUAAAAAGUACAGCAACAGGCUCUGCGGCUCAGCGCACUGUUACAUCUGUUAUUUUAAGUUACAUUGCAGCUGAACUGUUUCUGGUUUAAAAAGUAAAAUCU